AAAAAAAUAUUAAUUGAAAGCUGAAUAAAUUAAAAAAAGAAAAAGAAAAUAAUAACGGUGGCAUAUAGAUUGGGUACUGUAGAAAGAACGAAAGGAAGGUUAAGCUUAGUUCUGAAGAGUAGCAGUAACAGACGAAGCGAUUUCUCAAAAUACAUCAUACAUUUUGAAGUGAAGCAAGAGCUUCAACAUUAACGCCCUAUCUAAAACCCGAGGCAUCAAAUCUAGGGUUUUCGCCAUACACUGAACGUUAGGGUUUUGGUUUUGUGUCUUUUUUCUCUGUGGCCAAAUGGAGGCGGCCGUGGUUGAUGCUGGCUCCAAGCUCCUCAAGGCGGGACUUGCCGUCCCAGAUCAGGCUCCAUCCUUGAUAAUGCCUACUCAAAUGAAACGCAUGCUGGAAGAUGGAUCAUCUGCUGAUAAUUCAUUGUUGGAAGAUGUUACCAUCGAUCCUGUUGUGCGAGGAUGCGUUAAAGACUGGGAUGCCAUGGAAGAUUUGUUGCACCAUGUUCUAUACACGGGCCUUGAAUGGGAAGUUGGAAAUGAAGGACAAAUUUUGUUUACUGAACCGCUUUGUACUCCCAAGGCUGUUAGAGAACGACUGGUGCAAUUGCUAUUUGAAACUUUUAAUGUCUCGGGAUUUUAUGCGUCGGAACAAGCAGUGUUAUCUCUGUAUGCUGUCGGGCGUAUCUCAGGUUGUACUGUUGAUAUUGGUCAUGGGAAGAUAGACAUAGCUGCAGUACUUGAAGGUGCUGUCCAACACAUUGCCUCAAGAAGAUUUGAAGUUGGAGGUAUUGAUUUGACAAAGUUACUUGCUCAAGAGCUGGGUAAAUCAAAUCCUAUGGUGAACCUCAGCUUAUCUGAUGUUGAGAAACUAAAAGAGCAAUUCUCGUGUUGUGCCGAAGAUGAAGUUGCUUAUGACAGAAUGCUCAGAUCAUGUGAAACAGAGGAACAUACUCUUCCUGAUGGACAGGUGAUAAGAAUUGGAAGGGAAAGAUUUACUGUUGGUGAGGCAUUGUUCCAACCAUCUAUAUUGGGCUUAGAAGCUCAUGGAAUUGUUGAGCAGCUUGUUCGUAGUAUUGCAACGGUUUCUUCUGAGAACCAGAAGCAACUGCUAGAAAAUACCGUUCUUUGUGGUGGGACUACAUCUAUGACUGGUUUUGAAUCAAGGUUCCAGAAAGAAGCAAGCCUCUGCUCAUCAGCAAUCCGUCCUUCUCUAGUGAAGCCCCCAGAAUAUAUGCCAGAGAAUUUGUCAGUGUAUUCAGCAUGGGUAGGAGGUGCAAUUCUUGCUAAAGUGGUGUUUCCACAAAAUCAGCAUGUAACAAAGGCAGAUUAUGAUGAGACUGGACCUUCUGUGGUUCAUAGAAAGUGUUUUUGACUAAUAUUUUUUUACUCGAGUGAGCUUUUCUGUCUGUAUUAUCUCAGGAAUGCUGCUAAUGGCAGUUUAAACCUGAAAUUGAGGAGAAAACAAAGUUGUAAGUCUAUGUGACUAUUGAUUGGUAACUGGGUAAUCUCAUUAAGUUAAAGGAUCAGCAUUUCCCAUUCUGCUUACAA